AUGACAGAAUUGUACGAACUUUUGGAGGUGGAAACAACCGCCACUGCCACAGAAAUUAAGAAGGCGUACCGUAAACUCGCAUUGCGUUACCAUCCAGACAAAGUUGGAGAAGAUGAACGAGAGGAAGCCGAGCUUAAGUUUAAGGAGUUUUCACACGCAUACGAGGUUUUGAUCGACGAGGAUAGACGUAAGGAGUACGACACAUAUGGUACCACCGAUGGUCGUCCUUCAUACACCGAGUUCCCUGGUGGGAACCCAUUUGAUAAUUUCUAUGGUGGGGCACAAAAUGCAUACGAUGCCAAUGAUUUCCAUAAUUUCUUUAAUGGUACCCCCGGUGGGGCCCCUCGCCGUCCACAGACCAAGCCUCGUACUGAGGAUGCCGAGUUGGAGGUCACGGUGACCCUUGAAGAUCUUUUCCGUGGUAAGGUCAUCAAGUCUACAUCCACCCGUAACAUCAUUUGUACCACCUGUAAAGGGUCCGGAGCCCGUAAGAACGCCGCCAUGAAACCCUGUGGGAUCUGUGAAGGAUCAGGAACUGUGCGUAAGAUCCGUAGAGUCGGUCCUGGACUUGUCACUCAAGAUUAUAUCGAGUGUAACACUUGUCACGGUGUGGGGAAGAUUUUCCGUGCCAAGGACACUUGUAAGAAAUGUAGUGGGAAGCGUACGAUAGAAGAAACCAAGAUCUUGGAAUUUGAGAUCCCCCGUGGUGCCCGUAGUGGUGAAACGGUAGUUCUCACAGGAGAAUCAGAUCAAUACCCUGGGAAGGAAACAGGAGAUAUUGUGAUGACCUUCCAUUGCAAAGAUCAUGCGGUAUUUGAACGUCGUGGUGACGAUCUUUAUGCCAAGUAUCGUAUUCCUCUUGCUGACGCACUCUGUGGGUUCCUGAAGGUUUUAUUCAAACAUCUUGAUGGUAGAGGAGUCAAGGUAACCACUCCCCGAGGUAAAGUGAUUCGUUCGGGAGACUACAUCAAGCUCAAGGACGAAGGGAUGCCCGUGAAAGAAGAAGGUCUGUCGUGGUUCAGCCGUGGGAACAAGCGUGGUGACUUGUAUAUCGAGAUGGAUAUUGAGUUCCCUCCAGACAAUUGGUACCUUGAGAAAAAUGAUCUUUUGAAAAUUAAAAACUUGUUACCCACAGAGCUUCUGAGCAAACGUGACAUUGAAAAACAAACAGUAGACCGAGACUCCAUUCCUGAAGAAAAUAUUGAAGAGUUUAUAGAUUUCUCCAUUGCUCGUGGGAAUGCCUUGCCAGAAUAUCCAGAAGAGAAAAAAACCAAUGAACAGGACGAGUACCAAGACUACUACGAAGACUACGGUGCCUACGGUGGAGCUCAGCCAGAAUGUACCCAGCAGUAG